GUUGUCUCCCUGCUGCUCGUGCUGUGCCCGGGAGCCCAGGAAACAGGCGCUGAGCUGAGCGCUGCUGUCGCCGAGGCUCGUCCUUCUAGCGCCCCCUGGCCGCUGCGCAGGUCCAAGCGCUGCUCUUGCUCCACCCUCAUGGACAAGGAGUGUGUCUACUUCUGCCACCUGGACAUCAUCUGGAUCAACACCCCGGAGCGAAUUGUACCAUAUGGGCUUGGUGGUCCUUCUCGACCAAGGCGGUCAGUGGAAGAUACAGCCCCCAGGAAGCAACUAGAAUCUAGCAAGAGAUGCCAAUGUGCCAACCAAAAAGACAAGAAAUGUCUGAACUUCUGCCAGACAGGAGAAAAACUCUGGGCUCAAUCCACAUUGGAGAAGAGUUGGGAUCAUUUUAACAAAGGUGAUGGUUGCACAAGAUUUGGACUGAAGUGUGUGCACAGGCAACGACUUAACAGCAGGAAAAUGAGAAGACUUGAGGCCAUCGGAAACAGUAUCAAAGCUUCCUUCAAUAUUGCAAAGUUAAAGGCUGCACCCCAUGAAGUGAAGAGGCUGAAGCACAACAGAACACAUAAAAGACAAAGCAUCUGGGAAAGUCUGAAAAUAACUUCUUAGUGGAAAGAACACCAACCUCAAUCCUGCUCCUUCACCAGUGACUGAUAAAUCAUUGCCAAAGUUUAUUUUGACUUUUGUGUUCCACAUGGCAAAAGCAUGUUGUGCUAAAUAUUAAGCCUCUCCUCUUCGCCUAUGGAAAGCUUUAUAUUUGGACAAUGUAAAAGCAAUAAAAACCUAGCAAGUCAUCCUUCUGGAAUCCAGUUGGAUGUGUUGCAUUAACCAACAUUCAUUGAUAGCCUUCUGUCAGAAGAAGAAAGGGAACAUUUGGAUGUUUCUCUCAGAAAGAAGGUGUAAAAUGGACUGGUGUUGAUCAGUUUGGCAGAUUUCAGGGAGAACAAAAAGACUAGCGCUGAAAGAAUUUGCAAGGGAUAGUGAUACAGAAACUCAUAAAAAGAAGAGAAAUCAAGAUUUAAAAGGAGAAACUUUUUUUACUUAUUAAUAAAAACAGAAAGUGAAAGACACUGUGCUACUUUAAUCAGUACUCAUUGCAUAGAUACAAGUCUACCUCACAUACUGUAUGUUGCACUCCUGCCAAAAUAUUUUUACACCACGUUAUUGCCUUUACUUAUCAACCCUUUGCCUUUGUCAACAGUCUAGUUUACUAGUACAUCCUGUUAUCUGAAUGGUAGGGCAGGAGUUGUGUUUGUUUGGUUAACCAAGGUUUUUGGAUAAUGAAAAGAGAUUUCAACAUAAAUAAUAAACAGGGGAUAUGACCUUGUUUAACACAAUAGGGGUUGUACUGUGUUGCAGUUUGCCAAAAUCCACCCAUCAUGUUGUGUAACAGAAAAUGUUGCUAGAUCUAGGACUUCAGCAUCUUGUCUGAAAUAAAUGUAUGGAGACAGAGGGUUGUUUAAAACGAAACGAAAAGGCUAAUACUAGGUGACUGUUUAUAGCAGUAAAUGUACUCACAUUGUUGAAUUUGUUGACUGAGGUCUGAUGGAAUUUUAUGAUGUGCUUAUUUUUUAAAAAAAUAUUUAUGUUUUUACAAAUUGUUCAUUUAUAUUUACCAUGUUGAAUAUAUAUUGGAAUGGGCCAUAUUGGUCUAUGCAUGUUUUAUGUAUUUCUAUGUGAAAUCGGGAAAUGCUUUGUGCCUGUCAAGGUAAAUAUCUUUAGAAAUAAAUAUUUUUAACUA